AUGCCCGCUUCCCCGGCUUCUGCUGCUGUUGCAAACGGCACUAGCAACGGCAGAAAGAGCGCCUUAGAUGAAGCACAGAAAGACGCUAAAUUGGCGCAAAACAUAAGUCAGCUGGGGUCUCAGCUCCAGCAGCGAACUCCUCCGCCAGAUAACUGGAGACAUAUCCAGCCGUGCUCGCAUCUCACCAAAGUGCUCGAGACCAAUGCUCAUGAUACUGUCAUGGCGACUUACAAACAGGCUGUGGCUAUCCUGGUGGCGGUGAACCCGCUGCUAGAGCCGAGGCUCACGUUCAAGAAGAAGGACGGUCUGCCACUUCAGCUGAAGACGCUAAGCGAUUUGAAACAUAAGGUGCUCAGAUGCUCGGACUGCCAUCUCGCCAACUUCCACCAGGUCUUCUUCUGCUUGCAAUGCCCUCAUGUUGGCUGCUACGAUACUCACGCAAGAGAACAUGCAGAGGCUCAGAAUCAUAUGUUUGCUAUCGACUCUCAGAACGGGCUUCUAUUUUGCUUUUCGUGUAGGGACUACAUCAACCAUUCCGCCCUCAAUGAGAUUCGUCUUGCGGUGGCUUCAGUCGACGAAAUACAGCCUAAAAGCGACAAUGCGACAGUGAGCCAAAAUUACAAAAAACCUCCUCAGGUAGCUAUUCAGGGGCUCAAGGGAAUCGUCAAUUUGGGAGCUACGUGUUUCAUGAGUUGUGUGUUGCAGACUCUUCUCCAUAAUCCGCUUGUGAGAAACCAUUUCUUCAAUAACGACCUACACUUCUUUAAUUGCCCUUCGUCGCAAUACUACCUCGAUGAUGCCCAAAUAGACAGCUCUCGGGCGUGCAUCACCUGCCUGGUAGAUGCUAUCUUCAAGCAAGUGUAUUGUGCAUCGUCCAGUGAGGGAUUUGGCAUCACCACUCUACUCCAAACUGCCUGGUACAAGAACCAGCUGCUUGCGGGGUUCUCAGAGCAGGAUGCUCACGAGUUCUGGCAAUUCCUCCUUAACGAAUUUCAUGCUGACCACGAAAAGGUUUUACAAAGAGCCCACCUAGAUGUUCCUUCGCCUGAGAAUUGCUCUUGUAUCACACACAGUGUGUUCUCCGGUGAACUUGAAAGCUCGGUGUCAUGUGGCAGCUGUGGGUUUGUUAGAAGAACAAUUGAUCCUUUAGUAGAUCUUUCCCUCGAAGUUAAUGACCUCAACCUGAAGAGCAAUACUCUUUAUGAUUGUCUAGAUCAGUUUACCCAUAAUGAGGCUCUCGAUGCAAAAUCCAAGUGUCAAUCUUGUGGCACUGAAUCCAAGUCAUUUCGAUCACUCCGAAUCAAAAAGCUGCCACCCGUGCUCAGCAUCCAGCUCAAGAGAUUCAAACAUAACUACGCCAACGAUACCGCAUCCAAAAUCGAAGUCAAAGUGGAAACGCCUCUCUACCUCAAAAUGACAAGGUACGUUUCGGAUUUCGAUGGUGAUCCUGACGAUAUCGAUUCAGGAAGAAUAUUUGAGCUUUUCGCUGUGGUGACCCACAUUGGCUCCGUCAAUACUGGCCACUAUGUGGCUUUCAUAAAAAAUAGCAUUGGGCAAUGGUUCAAAUUUGACGACAGUGCUGUCUCCCAUGCCUCUCAUCAAGAAGUUCAGGCAACAAAUGCCUAUCUUCUAUUCUACAUUGCACAUUAUACAUAG